AUGUCCAAAGACACCGAGGCAUCGAACGAGGAGAGCUUCAAGUUUUUUGGACUUGGUGGGUGCAAUGAAGUGGGAAGAUCAUGUCACAUUAUUGAAUACAAGAACAAGGUAAUUAUGUUGGAUGCUGGGAUGCAUCCAGCGUUGAGUGGCCACGCGUCUUUCCCUUUUUUUGAUGAAUAUGACUUGUCUAAAGUUGAUAUAUUGCUAAUCAGUCAUUUCCAUGUUGAUCACUCGGCUUCACUUCCAUACGUGAUGCAACAGUCUAAUUUCAAAGGUAAGGUUUUUAUGACGCAUGCAACCAAAGCUAUAUAUCGAUGGCUAAUGCAAGACUUUGUACGAGUCACAUCUAUCGGUAACUCAAGGAGUGAAGGAGGAGGAACAUCAGCUACUGGAGCAAGUGGAAGUUUAAAUGAAGAAGGUGGAAAUUUGUAUACCGAUGAUGAUAUUUUCAAGUCAUUUGAUAGGAUUGAGACCAUUGAUUACCACUCGACAAUGGAAAUCGACGGUAUAAAGUUUACAGCUUACCAUGCGGGACAUGUAUUAGGAGCUUGUAUGUAUUUUAUAGAGAUUGGUGGGCUCAAGGUACUAUUUACAGGAGAUUAUUCUCGAGAAGAAAAUAGACACUUGCAAGCAGCAGAAGUGCCUCCAACGAGGCCAGAUAUACUUAUCACAGAGUCUACUUUUGGUACGGGGACAUUGGAAUCGAAAGCAGAGUUGGAGAAGAAAUUGACAAGUCAUAUACAUGCAACUAUCACAAGAGGAGGAAGAGUGUUGUUACCAGUGUUUGCCCUUGGAAAUGCUCAAGAGCUCUUGUUGAUUUUGGAAGAAUACUGGGAAAAAAACGAGGACUUGCACAAUGUGAAUGUUUAUUAUUGCUCUGACUUAGCCAGAAAAUGCAUGGCCGUGUAUGAAACUUACACUGGUAUCAUGAACGAUAAAAUACGUCUUUCUUCUUCCUCGUCGUCGACGUCGUCGUCAAACAACUCGACAAAAUCGAAUCCGUUUGAUUUCAAGUACAUAAAGUCAAUCAAGAACCUAUCAAAAUUUUCAGAUCUUGGCCCCUCAGUGGUUGUCGCAACCCCGGGAAUGUUGCAAGCUGGUGUGUCUAGACAAUUGCUAGAGAAAUGGGCACCAGAGCAAAAAAAUUUGGUUAUUUUGACAGGUUAUUCGGUUGAAGGAACCAUGGCAAAGGAUAUAAUGAAAGAACCUCAGGUGAUCCCCUCUUUCAAUAAUCCAGAUCUCAGCAUACCAAGACGUAUUGGUGUCGAGGAGAUUUCAUUUGCGGCUCAUGUCGAUUUUCAACAAAAUUCUGAUUUCAUAGACAAAGUAUCGCCAUCAAAGAUUAUUCUUGUGCAUGGUGACUCUAUACCCAUGGGUCGGCUUAAGUCUGCCUUGUUGAGUAAAUACUCCUCGAGAAAAGGAACCGAUAAGGAAGUUAAAGUGUUUAACCCACGAAACUGUGAAGAGUUGUGCAUUGAAUUCAAGGGACUAAGGAUUGCAAAAGUAUUGGGAUCAUUAGCAGAAGAGCAAAUACAAUUACUUAAGGACGAAAUAGAGUCAAAGCUUGAGCUGGAAAACAAAAUAGAGGAGUUGAGCAAAAGUGAUGAUGCUGAUGAUGCUGAUGACGCUGAUAGUGGUGGCGUGGGAAAGAGUGACUUGGGUAACAUUAGGAACCAUGAUCUUCAGCAAUCUUUGCUGACAACUUUCCGUCCUGGCCAAGUUGUAUCGGGAGUCUUGGUGUCUAAAGAUUUCGAUCUUAAUUUGGUGCAACUCCAGGACUUGAACGAGUUUACUCAAUUAUCAACUUCGAUUGUCAAAUCAAAGAUCAACCUUCGAAUCAAUGCAGAUAUUUCGUUGAUGAUUUGGCACCUCAAACGAAUGUUUGGGUACAUAAACAUUCUCAAUGACGAUGACGAGGAGUGGGAAUGUGUCAUUAUGGAUGUCAUUGACAUCUUUAUUGACAAGUCAAAAGGUCCCGGAUUGUUCAUAACAGUGGAAUGGAUCAAUGACAAUUUGAUGGCCGAUUCAUUAGCCGACAGUAUUGUUGCUAUUCUCUACUCCAUUGACUCGUCACCAGCUUCGGUGAAAUUGACAUCGAAACAACACAGUCAUAGUCAUAGUCAUAGUCACAGCCACAGCCAUAAUCAACUAAUCCAGUAUGAACAAACCUUAGAUAAUGGUACUGAUAUUGGUGGUGCCCACAUACAAGAUGACAUAGAAACUCGAAUCAAAAACAUGCUGUUAUUGCUAGAAGCUCAGUUUGGUGAUGCUCUCCAUAAUUUGUCUAACGAUAAGUCAAGGGUCACCAUUGGCAAGAAUGUAGCAAAUAUUGAUUAUAGAACUUUACAAGUGGAUUGCACCUCAAAAGUGCUUAAGGAUCGGAUUGAAAAUGUGAUCAAAAGAGGUUGUCAACUUAGUGCACCAUUAUCAAUACCCUCCAAAUAG